AUGCAUGGAGGCCUACGUCUACAUAAGUUCGCUUCCAACAGCAAAGCUGUAAUGGACGAUUUCGAACCUGGAGAUCUAGCUAAAGGUAUCGUCGAUAUGGAUUUUGAAAAGGACACACCCACCCAACGAAGCUUGGGCUUGCUAUGGGAUCUAGGAUCGGACUCAUUUAAGUUUAGCAUCUCAACCGAAACUAAAACUACAACACGUAGAGGGAUCCUUUCUGUGAUCAAUAGUCUGUAUGAUCCUUUGGGAUUUAUCUCCCCGGUCACAUUGAACGGCAAACUAAUUCUCCGAAAGAUCGUAGCUUCCACAUGCGAUUGGGACGAUCCUUUGCCCGAUGAUUUGCUCACCGAAUGGAACGCUUGGAGUCGUACACUAUCCAAACUAGAGGAUUUGCGUCUGCCUCGUGUCAUUGUACCAAAUCUCAGUACAGCUGUUUCCAAGGAACUAAGAAUCUAUUGCGAUGCUUCUGAACGUGCCAUCGCUGCUGUAUGCUUUCUGCAUGUAACAUACCCGGAUAGUUCAUGUUCUACUGGAUUCGUAUUAGGGAAAGCCAAGCUUGCUCCAUCAAGCUGUACUACCAUUCCUAGACUAGAACUUUGCUCUGCAGUGUUAGCAGUAGAAAUAUCACAGAAUGUAGUCGACCAUCUCCAGACUAACUUAGACAACAUUCAGUUCUUCAGUGACAGCAAAGUUACCUUGGGUUAUAUCCACAACAACACUAAGAGAUUUUAUGUAUAUGUUGCCAAUCGCGUUGCUAAGAUCCGCAGCUAUACGGAACCUUUUCAGUGGAAAUACAUUCGUUCAGAGAUGAAUCCAGCAGAUAUUGGAACCAGGGGGAUUCAGCCUAGCAAUCUUCAAGCAAGUGCUUGGUUACUCGGUCCAGCAGAUGAUGGUGAUUUACAUCGUUCUCCAAAUACGUUUGAUUAUAACCUAGUGCAACCAGAAGAUGAUGUGGAGAUUCGUUCUCACAAAACUGAAGUUAAAGAAUUUGUACCAAGUGAAGGUCUUGGUUCAAAAGUGUUUGAGAAAUUUUCUGAUUGGAAUAGACUGAUUACUGCGUUGGCCGCAUUUCGUCGAAAGAUUCAGCAUUACAUCAGUUUGAAACGUCAAAAUAGUUCAAGAUGUAUGAGUGCUGUUGAAUUGCUACUUAAAACGGAACAUCAUGUCAUCAGAGAAGUCCAGUCAGUAACGUACUUGGAUGAGAUACGCUUGCUCAAGAACUCAAAACCUUUGAAUAGGUGUAGCCCUAUCGCGAGCCUUGAUCCAUUCAUUGAUGACCAGGGUCUUCUCAAAGUUGGAGGACGAUUAACAAAUCUGGGUUCCGACCUCUCCCUCAAAGCUCCUAUCAUCUUACCUGCCAAGCAUCAUAUCACUGCUCAUUGCUCGUAA